CCCGCAGCUCCAGUCAGACCAGAGCAGAGCCAAGAUGAAGUCCACCGGCAGCGAGCGCAGCGCGCAGCCCGACGGCUUCACCUCCGACCUGGACGACCUGGACAGCGGCAGCGACAGCUCCGACGGGAAGUCCACCGGCGACUGCAGCCCCCGCAGAGACCCCGGGGAGGUGGCAGGGGAGGAGGCCGAAGGUGGUCCCCGGAGAGGCAGACGGAGGAGAAGGCGGAGGCGCAGCAGCGACGGAGACGCGUGUGUCGCCGGUGCGAGCAAACAGAGGCAGGCGGCCAACGCGCGGGAGCGGGACAGGACGCACAGCGUGAACACGGCCUUCACGUCGCUCCGCACGCUCAUUCCCACCGAGCCCGCAGACAGGAAGCUCUCCAAGAUAGAGACGCUGCGCCUGGCCUCCAGCUACAUCUCCCACCUGGCCAACGUGCUGCUGCUGGGGGAGGACUGCCGGGACGGGCAGCCCUGCCUCGGAUACCAGAGCAUCCUGCACGGCAGCGCGGCCUCCCUGCGGCCCAUCUGCACUUUCUGCCUCGGCAACCAGAGGAAGCUGCUCCGAGAUGGAGGAAAGCACUCCGUGUGAAGCAAAGCGCCCCGGACAGCCCCCACCUCCAUGUUUACAUACACCUGUAGGACUUUGUACAUAUAUAAAUAUAUUUAUUUUUGGAUUAGACUUGAAAAACAAAUUAACACUGAAAAGCACUUUCUGCUCACGUUGGUGCACUCCGUGUUUUGGUUGAGCUGUAACCUGAGCCGAUGUGUAAAGUUGCACCUGAUGGGGGGGUAUUUUGGUCCCACGAAUAGUACAAAAUACCCCCCCCCCAACCCCACAACACCACCUUUAAAAAAAAGUCACGUGACAAACCGAGGAGCAGCGGGUGCUGUCAGUUGAGUGGAGUUAACGCCGCCUUCAAGGGGCGUCGGAAAUAUCACAAUGAUUCAGGGUGACUUUAAAGAAGUCAACUCUAGUGGUGAGCGGUGGGAACUGCAUCAACACUGACGUCAUCCGAGUCUCGUGCACUUUGUCUCUGCAUGUUAAAACAUUACAUUUCAGGAAUCUGAAUUGUUUAAAACCAAACCCUACAAGGGAGUUUUUUCUUCUUCAUCUAGAAACUUCAAGGUUCCCACAUUCUUAAUCUAAUUCAAGGAUUUUCCAGGCCCAUUCUCAAGGUCAUGGCGUGAACUUCUAUGAACUUGCUGCAGGCUCUGCUUCAGGGCCUUCGACAGGACGGUCUUUAAAGUCUUUCGAUUUCUAUUCUCGCAUUAAAAUAUUUAAAUUGUCUAUUUUCAAAAUCCUUCAAAGUAUUCGUUUCCUCAAAUUCACAAACAUCCAGGAUCUCAAGGACCCGUGGGAACCUUGAAAUUAGUGUUAAUCCACUGCUGUGUCUAAUUUGUACAUGGUGCGUUUAAGCGUUCCCUUUAAAACCGGGAGAAUCGGAGACGCUCGAUUGCAUUUAAAGACGAUUUACUGCAACAACUUGAUUUGUUCCUAACGUGAAGAGGAGCUUCUCAAACUCUGAACAUCUCAACGGUUUCAACUCAAGAUGAAAUGUUCAAAUACUUACUUUUGCAUUAUUGCACAAUCUCUGUAUCACUUUAAAAACACUGAGCUGACGUUUUGUGUUCAUGCAAAGUGCAUUACGUUGCACUAAUCUGGAGAAUAUAUAUAUAUAUAUUUAUUAUAGAUGUUGCACACUACCUCAGACCUGUUUAAUACGAAGGCCUACCUCUGAAUCUACUGUGGAACGACAUCAACUUGACGAUUGUGUCCUUUGCACAUCACAAAUACUGAGAAGCUGCUUGAAGAGAAAUGUAUUUUUGUACAAUACAAAUAAAAAUAUCAAACUAUCUGCUUUGUUCAUUGUCUGUAUAAGUUUAAAAUAACAAUAAAGUGCUAAUA